UCUUUGCUCUGGUACAGUCUACCACAUCGUGGAGUAAAGUGGCUGUUGGUAGAUUAUGCUGAUCAAAAACAAGUGUUUUCUCCAAAUUAAGGCAUCCUUAAGCCUUAGGAGCGAGGUUUUCCACGGUUUCCCGUCACCGCGGGACUGUCCUCUCAUCACCAACACGUGCAUGUGACCCAGGCCUCAGUCGGUACACCCCGUGUAGCGGCAAAGCGCCGGUCAGGCACUCACUCAUAUAUAUAUAUAUAUACAUAUAUGUAUAUAUAUAUAUACAUAUAACAAGCUGUGAUUCCCCCUUCAUCGUAAUUUCGCCAAGUACUGUGAUGCUCAAAGCUGGCUGCUCCGACGUGCAUACCGAGUAGUAUACUGCACCGCCUUUGACAGAGAGAAUCGGAGGAUCUCCGUGGGAAGCCUGAAGAGAAAUUGGCUCUACAAGUUGUACCCCGGGCAGCGUUGGUUAACCAAGCUAAUACAACCUACACAAACAAAAACUAACUACGCAAAAAUAAACUAGGAGAAAAGGAUGUUUUCUAGAAAGUGUUUUCAGUUGUGCAGAGAAGAAAUCGCGUCUCGAUACUCCUGACUCGCAUGUGCGGCACGCGCUCGCUCGCUCGCACGCCACAUUUGUACAGGAUAUCAGGACGGAGGGCUUUAUGCGAGCGAGAGCAAAUUUCCAGGCACCCGGUCUGUCGGCCGCGUACAACAGUGUGAGAGCUAGCUUGUAGCUGCUGACAGAGGAAGCCUCGCGUAGCGACGGAGCUAACUACAGAAGGAAGCCAGGUAGAAGACAUGUUGGGUGACAAGCAGGAGGAGGUGGAGCCCCUCGACUCGGCCGUGAUGGGCAAGGAAGUGUUUCGCUGGGAGGAGGCGUCCAUUCUCGGAAAGACGAUGAGUAGCCUCAACACUCUGCGCAAGAACAAGCAAUUCUGCGACGUCAUACUAGAGGUGGGCACGCAUGAGCUGCACGCUCAUCGGGCAGUGCUGGCCUGCUGCAGCCGCUAUUUCUUUGAUCUGUUUGACGACGACGACAAGGAGAAGGUUUACGACAAGCACUACAUGCUGCAGAACUUCAACUAUCCGGCAUUUGAGAAGCUUGUCAACUAUGCAUACACGGCUAGGUUGGAGGUACCAGCGGAGGACGUGAAGUCUGUCUACAAGGUCGCACGGAAGCUGAAGAUGAAGCCAGCUGCUGCCGCGCUAUCGUCCUUCCUCGCUUCGCACAUCGACCCGGAGAACUGCAUAGGAACCCGGUCCACCGCUAACAGGCAUUCGGAUAUCUCCCUGGUGGAAAAAACUGAUGAAUUUAUUCAGAAGAACAUGUUGAAAGUUGCUGUGGAUAAGGAGUUUCUUGGAUUGCCUAGGGUGCAGAUAGAGGUUGUGCAGAAGGGAGACGAUGACAAUAGCAUCGGACUGGACCAGCACCCUCUGCUCUGUGAGAUGACACUGUCAUGGGUUCGCUCCCGCAUUGAAGGUGACAAUACUGACGUCGACAGUCUAACUGAGAAGGUGCAUAUGCUGCAUGUGAAUGAAGAAGGCAGCUUGGAUGACUGUGUCAAUACUGAGGAUGUGGGACUGAAUCAGUCGGAGAUCGUACAGGAAUACAAGAAGAAGUCGAAAAAGCAGACUAAGAUGAAGUCGAUCACUCCGGCGAAGGCGUACUCACGCAUCCGCCAUCAUUCCAACGGACCGGUGAGCCUUAACCGCAAGUCCACGAAGUCUGAGGACGAGGAUGACCACGAGUGGAAGGUCAUCGCCAGCAUGCAGACCGCCGAUCACGUGUGCGUCGCGCUGUUCUGCGUUAACGGGCUGCUUGUGCGGGUGACCCUGCACGAACAGAGCACGCCUCUGGGGCUCAGCCCACCACGCUCCCGCGCAAACAGCCUCAGCAACGACCACAGCCGCUAGCCGACAUGGGACCAGCCACGUUGCGGUGUCGGGACCUGCUGCCUCGCCGACAAGGUGUUCGU